UUUCCAACCGGGGCCUAAAUGCUGAGUGGAGCCACCAACAUGGAGGUUACGGAGGGUAAAAGGAACUUCACUUGAAAUUAGUCUUCCCCAUCCUGUCAUGGUUAAACCUGGGACAAGGAGGUGUUCUGAAGAGGUGGGAGGAAGAAAAUUUUCUUUGACAUAAAGAAAUUGCUGGUUUGACUGCACCUGUGCAAGCCCGAAUUUGUUGCGCUAAGAUUACAACUUAUUCUAAAGAUCUGGACUGUGCCCUUAAGGGCAAAUCAUAAAGUCAGCAAGAUUGCUAAUAGCAAUGAUACCGAGGCUGGAAUUAGUACUAUGGGAAGUUUAGGUAGCUGUCUCUUGCUGCCUCUUUUAAAACGAUGACUAAUAUCCGUGAUGAAAGGUCAACCAGGUUGUCAUGACAACCCCCACCUCUUUUGAGGGGGAUCACUCGACUCCUACAUUCUUUGUUGGAUGCGAGGAGGAUGAAAUUGAUGAUCUGGAAUCAAACAUGAAGGCAGAAGACCUUGACCUUUACGACGAUGAAAAUGAUUCAGAUUCGCCUCCUGAACGCCAAAUCCUGGUGGGGAUUUGUGCAAUGGCGAAGAAGUCAAAAUCAAAGCCAAUGACACAGAUCCUAGAACGUCUGUGUAAAUUUGAGUAUAUCAGUGUGGUGAUAUUUAACGAAGAUGUCAUUCUGAAUGAGCCUGUGGAGAACUGGCCAGUGUGUGACUGUCUGAUCUCUUUCCAUUCUAAAGGUUUUCCUUUGGAUAAAGCAGUAGCUUAUGCUAAACUCAGGAAUCCAGUUCUCAUCAAUGACUUGAAUAUGCAAUAUUACAUCCAAGACCGGAGAGAAGUUUAUCGGAUUUUACAACAAGAAGGGAUAGAUCUUCCCCGUUAUGCAGUGUUGAAUCGUGAUCCAGACCGGCCUGACGAAUGCAGCCUGGUGGAAGGUGAUGAUCAUGUGGAAGUAAAUGGUGAAAUCUUCCAGAAACCCUUUGUUGAGAAACCCGUGAGUGCGGAAGACCAUAAUGUGUAUAUUUACUACCCUGUGUCAGCAGGGGGAGGCAGCCAGAGGUUGUUCCGUAAGAUUGGAAGUCGGAGCAGUGUUUACUCCCCUGAAAGCACCGUGCGUAAAACUGGAUCUUACAUCUAUGAAGAGUUCAUGCCAACAGAUGGAACGGAUGUAAAGGUUUACACUGUUGGUCCUGACUAUGCACAUGCAGAGGCACGCAAAUCACCAGCUCUGGAUGGGAAAGUGGAACGGGACAGUGAAGGAAAAGAGAUACGUUAUCCUGUGAUGUUAACUGCCAUGGAAAAACUAGUUGCUAGGAAAGUCAGCGUAGCUUUUAAGCAAACAGUUUGUGGUUUUGAUCUGCUGCGUGCAAAUGGGCAUUCUUAUGUUUGCGACGUCAAUGGAUUCAGCUUUGUGAAAAACUCCAUGAAAUACUAUGAUGACUGUGCGAAAAUCCUAGGUAAUAUAAUUAUGCGGGAGCUCGCUCCUCAGUUGCAGAUUCCGUGGUCCAUACCCACAGAAGCUGAAGAUAUUCCCAUUGUUCCAACUACUUCAGGAACUAUGAUGGAACUGCGCUGUGUUAUUGCAAUCAUUCGACACGGUGACCGAACCCCAAAACAAAAGAUGAAGAUGGAAGUGAUGCAUCCAAAAUUCUUUGACUUGUUUGAAAAGUACGAAGGAUACAAGACUGGCAAACUAAAGUUAAAGAAACCAAAGCAGCUUCAGGAAGUUCUAGACAUCACCCGUGAGCUUCUAGCAGAACUGGGCCAGCAUAAUGACUGUGAAAUAGAGGAGAAGAAAUCCAAGCUAGAGCAGUUAAAGACUGUGCUGGAAAUGUAUGGUCACUUUUCUGGAAUCAACAGGAAGGUUCAGAUGACAUACUUGCCUCACGGUCAACCCAAAACUUCUAGCGAAGAGGAAGAUUCAAGGAGGAAUGAUCCAUCACUACUUUUGGUAUUGAAAUGGGGAGGGGAACUGACUCCAGCAGGCAGGGUGCAAGCAGAGGAGCUUGGCCGAGCAUUUAGAUGCAUGUACCCUGGAGGCCAAGGGGAUUAUGCUGGCUUUCCUGGUUGUGGCUUACUUCGUCUACACAGCACAUACAGGCAUGAUCUGAAGAUCUACGCGUCUGAUGAAGGCAGAGUCCAGAUGACUGCAGCAGCUUUUGCUAAGGGGCUCCUCGCACUGGAGGGUGAGCUGACUCCAAUUCUUGUGCAGAUGGUGAAAAGUGCCAACAUGAAUGGUCUACUGGACAGUAAUAGCAAUUCCCUCAGCAGCUGUCAGCACCGUGUCAAAGCAAGGCUUCACGAGAUCAUGCAGAAGGAUCAGAUGUUUACAGAGGAGGAUUACACCAAGUUGGCUCCAACCGGCAGCGCUUCCCUUAUUAACUCCAUGAAAUUAAUUCAAAACCCUGUCAGUACCUGUGACCGAGUAUAUUCCCUGGUCCAGAGUCUCACCUCUCAGAUUAGAAAGAGAUUAGAAGACCCCAAAUCAGCAGACCUUCAGCUGUACCACAGUGAAACUCUGGAGCUGAUGCUGCAACGCUGGUCAAAGCUGGAGAGAGAUUUCAGAAUGAAAAGUGGUCGCUACGACAUCAGCAAAAUCCCGGAUAUCUAUGAUUGUAUUAAAUAUGAUGUGCAACACAACAGCGCCUUGAAACUUGAGGAUACCUUGGAGCUCUUCAAACUCUCCAAAGCCCUUGCGGACAUCAUUAUUCCUCAGGAAUAUGGCAUAAACAAAGAGGAGAAGCUGGAUAUUGCCUAUGCAUAUUGCCUUCCAUUGAUCAAAAAAAUGCAACUUGAUCUACAACGGACGCAUGAAGACGAAUCUGUCAACAAACUGCAUCCACUCUAUUCCAGAGGGGUGAUGUCUCCUGGGCGCCAUGUUCGAACACGGCUUUAUUUCACGAGUGAAAGUCACGUCCAUUCUUUGCUGAGUUUGUUUCGUUAUGGAGGUCUCUUGUGUGAGCUAAAGGAUCAACAGUGGAAGAGAGCCAUGGACUAUCUCGGAGCAGUCUCAGAACUGAAUUAUAUGACCCAAAUUGUCAUUAUGUUGUAUGAGGAUAACAAUAAGGAUCCUUCUUCAGAAGAACGGUUCCACGUGGAACUUCAUUUCAGCCCAGGUGCUAAAGGCUGUGAUGAAGACGAAAAUGCCCCCACAGGGUCUGGGUUUCGGCCUGCAUCAGCUGAGAAUGAAGGUGGAUCAAAGACUGAUCAAGGAAGCAUGGAGGAUCUUUCAGAGAAUCGGGGAAGUGAUGAUGCGGAUGGGUUUCUUCCAGCUUUGCCUCAGCCAGCAGAGCCUUUCCAGAGUCACAGGAAGACUGCCCUGACCAAGACUAGGAAGAUGGGUUCAAUGGAGGUGCUUUCUGAGAAUUCUUCAAAGUACAGCGGAUACCGGUUACUGGCUCCUCCAUAUUCCAGACAGCUGUCUGAUGUAAAACAGAGCGGUCUGGGUUCCCAGUGUGCUGGUUUGUUCAGUACCACAGUACUUGGUGGCUCUUCUAGUGCCCCUAACCUCCAAGACUACGCCCGCUCGCACCGCAGAAAAAGUGGCUCCAGUUACUUUUCUUUGAAGGAUGAAAUGUUAUCUAUGCCAGCCGUUAAAAGAUUUUCUGUCUCGUUUGCAAAGCAUCCGACUAAUGGUUUUGAAGGAUGUUCAAUGGUUCCUUCGAUCUAUCCUUUGGAAACACUCCAUAAUUCUCUGUCCCUGAAACAAGUGAAUGAAUUCCUUACGUCCAUAUCUGAAAUUUGUGGGAAAUCUCACGAUGGAACAUCAAAAGAACUUUCAGCAAUGUUUGAGACUAUGGGGAAUAGCCAGCCUACAGUAGAUGAGUAUAUUCCUCAACAAGUCCUGCCCUCCACAGUUACCUCCCUUUCAUCACGUCCUCGCUCAGAAAACCCUCCAUGGUGAGCUUGCAAAUGUCAGAGUGAAAUCUGACCCCUUCAAUGAGCAUAGGAAUAUAAACAGACACUGAACUUCACAAUGAAGUGGUUACAAACAGUGAGGAGACGAAAUAAAUACGAGGGACAGUGAAAAUCUCUUCCACCAACGACGCACUCAAAUAUAUAGCAGGAGCAGGCUACUUGGCCCCUCAAGCCUGCUCUGCCAUUCAAUAAGAUCAUGGCUGAUCCGAUGAUAAGCUCAAAUCCACAUUCCUGCUUACCCCAGUAACUUCUCACCUGCUACCUUACCAACUGUAUCUUUUCCUUAAAAAUACUCUAAGACUGUACUUCCACCAACUUUUCAGGAAAAACAUUUGAAAUGUCUUGGUCUUCGAGAAAAACUGUUUUACCUCAUCUCUGUCUUAAAUGGUGACCCUUUAAUUUUAAACAGUGACCCUAGUCCUGCACCCGCCCCUAUUGGGGAAACAUCCUCUCCACAUCUACCCUUCAGAAUCCCACAUUUCAGCUGAGGGGUCUUCAUACAGUGUAUCCUCCUGGAAGUGGUUUCUAUCGCCUGAGCUCCAGAGUGCCCUUGCUGCAGAGCUCAAUACACAGAGGAUAUGGUGGCAUAGUGGUAGUGUCACUGGGGUAGUAAUCCAGAGUCUGUGAUGAAAUCCCUGGGGUCAUGAAUUCAAAUCCCAGUGAGGUGGAAUUAAAAUUCAAUAAGGAAUUCUGGAAUUGGAAGCUACUUUCAGUAAAGGUGACCAUAAACUCACCAGCAAUUGGUGUAAAAACCUAUCAAUUCCAAAGGGGAGGUGAUGGUAGCCUAGUGAUAUUAUCGCUUGACUGUUAAUCCAGAGAUGCAGGUAAUGUUCCAGAGACUUGGGUUUGAAUCCCACCACAGCAGAUGGUGGAAUUUGAAUUCAAUAAAAAUCUGGAAUUAACAGUCUAAUGAUGACCAUGAAUCUAUUGUUGAUUGUCAGGAAAAUCCCAUCUAGUUCACUAAUUUUCUUUAGGGAAUGAAAUCUGCCAUCCUUACCUGGUCUGGCCUACGUGUGACUCCAGACCCCAUCAAUGGGGUUGACUCUUAACUGUUCUCUGGACAAAAAGGAUGGGGCGGGGUACAAUAAAUAAAAGUUUACUAAUGCCCUUCCUUCAGGAAAGGAAAUCUGCCGUCCAUACCCAUUCUGGUCUACAUGUGACUCCAGACCUACCUUCACUCUAAGCUGCUUGGCCAUCUGCGGGUGUGCACACCCUGACGCAUCAACUUCUGGUUUCACAGGAAGGUUCCCAGUCCUUCAGGAAUGUCUCUUGUACAUUGUCUUAGCCGCCCUCUGAAGAUGGCAGAGUUCAGUGGCUAUUAGUAUUGGGUGUCAAAUGCCAGCCUUGCCCAGUGAUGCCCAUAUACCAUGAAAGAAUUUAGAAAAUAAACAGGAAAAACUGCCGCUAUGACUGACCAACUCUCAGAACUACAUGUGGACCAAUGCCAAUCAGGCGCUAUCUGAAGCCUCUGUUGCUUGUUGUUGGCUGUGGAACAUAGUGGGUUUACAGCUUUCAACAAAGAAGGCUCAAUAUCUGCAGGUCAUGCCCCACAACCUCAAGCAAUUCUGCCAGCAUUUUAUUAUUUUCCCAAAGUAGGGUUCCCAAAAUCGAAUACAGUGCUCCAAUUGCAACCAAAACGAUGUUUUAUAAAAGUUCACUCUGCCUUCCCUGCUUUUAGUUAAAAAAGCUUUUUUAUUCUGUACACUUUAUCAAGCACUUUCUCAGUCUGCAGUGUCAUUUGUACACAUACACACCCAGGUCCCUCUGUUCCUGCACCAUUUUUAAGAGUUGUACAGUUUGUAUUAAAUUGCCUCAGUAAGUUCCUCCCGUCAAAAUAUAUCACUGGACAUUUCCCUGCGGUCAAUUUCAUUUGCAACAUGUCAGCCCCUUUUCUCAGCCUGCCUCUUAAUGACAUCCCUGGCCAGAGCUGGGGACUUUUUAAAAAUUCUUACACAGGAUGAGGACAUCGCUGGCCAGGCCAGUAUUUAUUGCCCAUCCCCGAUUGCUGAGAGGGCAGUUAAAAGUCAACCACAUUGCUGUGGGUCUGGAGUCACAUGUAGGCCAGACCAGGUAAGGAUGACAGUUUCCUUCCCUAAAGGACAUUAGUGAACCAGAUGGGUUUUUACAUGUAUUGAUACCAGUUUCAUAGUUACCAUUAGACUGUUAAUUUCAGAUUUUUUUUAUUGCAUUCAUAUCCCACCAUCUGCUAUGACAGGCUGCAAACCCAGGUCCCUAGAGCAUUGCCCACGUCUCUGGAUUAUUAAUGUAGCAAUAAUACCAUGUGGCCCAUUAUCCCGAGUCCUUCUAUUUAAGAGCACUAGAAAUAGGAACAGGAGAAGGCCGUUCGGCCCCUCGAGCCUGCCCCACCAUUCAAUAGAAUCAUGGCUGAUCCACAUUCCUCACAUCUACUUUCCUUCCCUUUUCUCAUAACCCCCGAUUCACUUUGUGCCCCUGGGUGGGGCCAUUGUAAAAAAGGAAUAAAGCCCCCUGAGAUAGUGGUAACAUUUUUGUGAAACUGCCUUUGGAUAUUUCAAUGUGUUAAAAUUACAAGAAAACUGUAAGCUUUUUUGUUGGCGAUCACAGCGGGUCAGCUUCGACUCUGAAGAAGAGUCAUCCAGAAUCAAUGAGAGCUUGCUCUCUCGCCUUGGAUACUUCCUGACCUAUCACAUUUUGAUUUCAGUACAGAUUCCAGCGUCUGCAUAAUUUGCUCCGAAGAUGUAAGCUCCUGUUGUUUGGAGGGCAAAUAAAUUCUAAAUCAUUGUCUGACUUGAACCACGGGCCCUGAGUAUAAGACGGACAUAAAUAAAUCCAACAGCGAAUUGACCCUGAAAGUGGAGCUGAUUACCACGGGGAAUACUGAUUAGCACAAUAUAGAACAAUGUGCAACAAUAAAAUACAUGUUUGGGGGACAAAGGGACCGAAGGAUGUGGUGGUAGGGUGAGGUGAGGAAAAGCAGGAGGGAGGAUCAUGUGGAGUUUAAACACUAGGACAGUCCCUAAUGGGGCGAAUGGCCUGUCUGAGCCCUGCAGAUUCUCUCAGACAGACAUCUGGGUGAGAAACUGACUGAAUCUCCAGCGCUGUCUAAUUAAUAUGCAAAUCACCAGCCUCCACUGUAAAAGGUUUCCAAUAUUAAGAGAUAAUGAAUCCUCCAGGUCUUACAUAUGUCGGCCCUGCCACCUGCACGUGUUUACCUAACUAUUCAUUAAAGUGUAAGACCAAAAAUAUAUUACAUUUACCGCGAGUGGCGUCAGCUGAAUGUUGAAAAGCUGCCUCACUAACAUCUCAUUUUCUCCCACCAGAUGCCGUUUCACAAAAAGAGCUGGGGCCAGAUUUUCAGAUUUUUUUUUAUAUACAUGAGAUUCGAAAAGUUUAUUAAAUUACACCAAUUCCUUCACAGAAAGUUCAGCAAACACUAUCCAGAUUAUUGCAGCAUUUAACGAACCGAACAGGGCAAUCUGUCCCGGGACGUUUUCAGCUUUUUCUCCUGGGACUGGUCUGGGAUGAGAUGUUUUUAUUUCUCUCUCGGAACCAGCUCACUGACCCACUGUUGGGUGUACGACUCCAUCUGCAGGUCAUACAUACGUGCAUUUAUAUAGCGCCGUUCGCGACCGCAAGUGUCCCAAGGCACACUUUACCUUCCAAUGUCGUCGUUUUUCUUCGUCGAGUUGCAGUCACUGUUGCAAUAAUGUAGGAAAUGCAGUGGCUAGUUUGUGCACAGCAAGAUCCCGCAACUAGUGAUGUGAUUCCACCAGAUAAUCUGUCUUUGUGAUAUUGGCGAGUGUCGGGAAAUGCUGGCUCCAAGCUAAAGCUUUGGGGAUACGGUUUCA